AGUAAGAUUGCUUUACAUGAAAGAAAUGAGUAAAAUUUUCCCUUCAUUUUCUUGUCUUUUCUUUCAGUGAUGCACACGCUCAAAGUUUUCACAUCAUCUUCUCAAAUUGCUAGGCUACCAGAGUUCUGGGAGGUCACGUAUGUUGACGGCAUUCAGAUUUUGCAUUUUGACAGCAACAGCAGGAAAACGAAAGCCAAACUGGACUGGGUGAACAAAAUCACAGCAGAGGAUCCAGAAUUCUGGAAGCAAGAGAACGAGAAUAACAUUGUCAAUGAGCAGGUGUCCAAAGUCAACAUUGAAAUCGCUAAGGAGCACUUCAACCACACUGGAGGAGUUCACUUGAUCCAGAGGAGAAAUGGUUGUGAAUGGGUUGACGAAACCGAUGAUGUGCAUGGUUGGGAAGACUGCAGUUAUGACGGAGGAGACUUAAUCUCAUUUGAGCCGAGAACAACGAGAUGGAUCGCGGCGCAUCCACAAGCUUCCAUAACAAAAAACAAGCUGGACCAGAACGUCGGGUUGAAUGAAUACAAGCAGCAUUCCCUUCCUGAGUUGUGUCCUUUCCUCUUGAAGAACCAUGUGAGCAAUGGGCGGGACUUCCUAAUGAGAACAGAGCUUCCCACAGUGUCUCUCCUCCAGAAGACGCCUUCCUCUCCAGUCACCUGCCACCCGACAGGUUUCUACCCCGCCACAUCGGCCCUUUUCUGGAGGAAGGACGACAAGGAGCUCCAUGAGUACGUGGAGAGUGGAAAGCUCCUCCCCAACCGCGACGGAACCUUCCAGACCACGGCCCACCUGAAGGUGGAGGUGACGCCCGACGCGGAGGGCGAGUACGAAUGUGUGUUCCAGCUGGCCGGCGUCAAGGAAGCCGUCGUUGUCAAGCUGGACAGCAGAAGCAUCUUGAGCAACGCGCGCAUCCAAGGUGACAGUCAUUGAG